GUCAAUUGUGACGUCUUUCCUAAGUUACAUUCUCAAAGCACAACUUUGUGUAUCUUAAUGUGAUUUCUGGUGAUUCCACUGAAAAAAAAAUCAAUAGACAUGUUUGGGCACCAAGUCAACUUAUAGGCGUAUAUAUUUUCUAAAAACAGCAAUAAUUUUCUAUCUUCAUCAUUGUAAUGGACGCGACCUUGUGUGACUAUGAAGAGGGUGAGAUUCCUAUAUGGCAAGAGCCAAGAUGCGAACCCUUGGGGGCACCCAAGGAAAAUCUUUGUGAUGAAGUUCCCCCUGAACAAUUGUCAGGGGAGAGAAUCCAUGCUUUGGAAGAAGAACAAGAGAUUUUAUCGUCAUCCGUAUUUUCCUUGACAUCUCAUCUUGCGCAAGUUGAAUUUAGAUUAAGACAAAUCCUGAAGGCACCUCCAGAAGAAAAGGAUGCUAUGUUGAAGGCAUUGGAAGAGUUUACAUCUAGAGGUGUUGAUUCUCGUGAGGCACCACAAGGUAGCGCGGGAGAAUCGUGUAGUGAGUGCUUAGAAUUGGAGCGAAAAAUCCGUAGUCAGAGAGCUAGACAGGCGCACUUUAUUGAAAGAUUAAAAACUCAAUUGAAGGAACUAGAGAGAUUCGCUGAGAGUCCUAAUUUGGACGAUGAUAAGCACAGAUCGUUAAUAGAGCACCUAAGGAGUGAAAUAGAUCGUAGCCUAGAAGAAGGCUGCCACCAGCCAUUAACUACCGAAGAAUUACGGCACCAAAUUGAUUGUGCGGUGCGACAGUAUGCAGAACGUCAACUUUCAAAAGAAGAAGUCAUAGGCAAACUUCAAGCUCAUAUUGAUGAUAUGCAAAAAUUUAUAAAACUUAUGAAGAAUGAAGAUGUCAACAGUAACACAAGAAAAGCUAAGGAAACAAGGAAAGUCGGAAAAUCAGAGACAUUUGAGAAAAACUUUAACCGUAACAAAGUGAAUGAUGAACUUAAAGCUGAAACCAUCAACUUAAUGAGAAAAGCAUCAGCACUCAUUCAAAUUUUUACAGUUUCACAGUUUGGCUGUUCUCCCAAUACAAGUAAAAAAUUUGAUAGGAAAUCGUCAACCAUUGUGACACAUUGGGGUAAUCUUAGAGCAAAACUUGAAAUGUCAAUAGAUGCAGUACUGCAUAUAGUUUCUCGAGACAGAACUUCACAUUCAAUCGCUGACAGCUAUGACAGUGAAUCAGAAGAAGGCGGUAUUAUUAUUAAUGAUGCACCCCUCACAACGGCUGUACGUAGACAUUUAGCUGUAAAUUUAAGAGAUUUACUUCAACACGGCUUAGUGAAUCCAGAAUCAACUUCAUUAGUACCAAUAAUUGGGUGCUUUCCUGUUCGGAGAUCAUCUAUGUUCAAACCUCUACAUAUAUGGGAGUUAAUCUUACGUUACUAUGAAUUAAAUGACGGGGAUAAAUUCAAUUCAACUCCAGCUAGGAAAUUAAGCCAAAGUUUCAACUUAGAUAUAGUUGGGGGGACCGCUAUAACCAAUAAGCAAAGUCUGCUAAGUGCUAUUGGUAGUAUAAUAUCUUCACACACCCCAUACAAAAGAAGCUAUGACGCACACUUCAAAGCAUUUGUAUGCGCUGCGUUAAAUACACAUAAGCUUGUUCUAUGGUUAAACAUUAUGUUAAAAUGCAGGUCUCUUGUUGAUUCAUAUUAUUCUUCAACAAGUUAUGUGGUUAAUACGGGAUUUCAAGAUACACUACAAAGUCUUGACCGUUUGACACCAUAUAACUUUGAAUUGCCGGUUGAUCUUGCAGUGAAACAGUUCCAAAAUAUCAAAGAUGUAUUUAUGUAAGAGUAAGGGUAAUUUUUACAUAAUCAAAAAAUGCCUUCCAUAUAAGCUAUGCAUUUAUUAUAAUUAUAAUUUUAGGUACCUCUUAUAGUAGAACCUUUAUUAGUAUAACCUCAUAUUCAUUUCAAAGGAAAUUCUUCA